AUGACCAAGAAGGGGGAAGCUGCAAUGUUAAAGGCAAGAUUAAGAAGCAUAUUCUCGCACUCUGCGCCUCGCUGGGAGCCCUCAGACAUCCGCUCCGAAGACUCGAGGCAAAGACUGAAUUCGGACUCUCAAAGCACAUCCACAAACUCCAAAGAUACGCCUAACGAGCGCAUAACCUUCCAUAUUAAGUCCUCGCCCUCUAUUACACCACCAAAUUUCAAUUCGAAUACCCAAUUGCUCAAGCCCCGUAAGUCGACGAUAAGCUUGACGUCGAUACCGGACCCGGAGCUCGAUGCACGCACGAACUUCCAAUGGCAGUCGACUCUUUUUGCAACACUACCGCUGGAGAUCAGGCGCAUGGUGUACGGGUACCUGUACGAGGGCGAAACGAUCCACCUCACUAUUGGAGAGAGAAAGGAAAAGCUGGGCAGAAGAGGAAUUAAAUUCGGGAAUUUUGUUUGCACACAAGAGCACAUCGGGCAAUGCACAUGUCGCGUAGUGAUUGCGGGCAGUUCACUGGAGAAAAGUCUGCCGCAGGUGGACGCUGGGCAUCUGGGCCUGAUACGGAGUUGCAGACGCAUGUACUCCGAGUGCAUAUACUUCCUUUACGCCGAACACACUUUCUCGCUCCUACACGCAAACCAUCUCCUCGCCCUCCCCAAGCGCAUACCGGAACAACGUCUCAAUGCGAUUCGCCACCUUCGUCUGCGCUGGCAGAUCCGCGCCCUGCCGUAUCUGCGUCGAAUUUCCUCGUCCAAAUAUGCCUAUCGCGAGGACACGGCGAAAUGGGAAACGGGCUGGCAUGUGCUGGCGAGUAUGAAGGGGCUCGAGAGUCUGUCCGUAACGCUGAUUGACCCAAGCAAUCAGGGCGUUUGGGAGGAAAAGUGGCUGGAUCUUGAAGACCAGUUGAUGGAGCCUGUCAAGCAAGUGAAGGGAGUGCGAGAUUACGAGCUGGCGCUGCCGUACGCUAGUUGUGACAUCGAUAGAGACAUGGGCGGGUGUGGCGUUAGGCUCAGAAGGCCGGAUGAAGGAAAAGUGCAAGCAUGA